CUAUUGUUGUCAAAAUAAUGUUUGUUCCAAGUUCCAGCAAUAAAUUGAUGCGAAAAUUUACUUUUUUAAGUAAAUGAAGCAAUAAACAUUGGGACUGUGUGGAUUUAAUUAUCAUAUUUAUAAACCUUUUUCUUUUAUUGUUACUCUGCAUAUUAUUGUAAAUGGAUGAAAAAACGUUUGUGUGGACUCCGGAGCUAACCCUGAAACUUUUUGAGCUACGAUUUGAACAUGAGUGGCUGUUUAAGAAAAAAAAACAACCUUGGCUACAAUUUCGUAAUAUAUUAAUCAAGAAUGGAUUUCCCCAAGAAAUUACCCUAAACCAUGUUAGAAAAAAGUGGUCAUACACAUAUGAUGCUUAUAAAGUAGCAAAGAGAGUUAAAAAUAAGGAAUGGAAAUAUUAUAAGUUAUUUGAUAAGCAUUUUGGUAAGACCAAAGUCUUAGAUAAGUAUGAAUCUUGGAGUGAUGAAUGGCGAUUGAAACUGAUCAUCUGUAUAACGGAGGCAAGGCAAAUGAAGUUUGAUAAUUAUAAUAUGUGGAGAACUGUGGAACAUGCAAUGAGGUGUCAAGACUUACCGUUGGAUUGCUGUGUACAAGACAUGAAAGGGCUCUGGCAUCAUAUAAAAAUGACAUUCAAUAGAAAGCAUAGAUUAAAAAUAAAAAGGGGUGAAGAAGUGUGUGAAUGGCCAUUAUAUGAACAAAUGCUGGAAUACUAUAAAAAAGUAGAUCCUACCUACGUGGAGCGUCUGGAGACGAUGCCUGCUAAAGAAUUGUUAAAUUCUGGCAUAAGUAGAGGAGAAUAUAAAAGAAAAAUGAUUAAGAAAACUGAAGAAUCGGAAUUUCAAUGGUCUAAAGAUAUAACGGAAUCUUUUAUUCAAAUAAGACUUCAAAACGAUUGGAUUUUUAGAGAGCAAAAAUGGGCUUGGAAUAAAAUGCGGUCGUUGCUCGUAGAAGAAAAUGGAUUUCCGAAUAUUAUAACCAGUAGGGAUCUGUCUAGGAAGUGGGCCUGCACAUUUGCAGAUUAUCAAAAGGCGAAGGCAACAAAUAACAAAUCCUGGCUGUACUAUUCUCUGUUCGAGUUGUAUCUGGGGGAAGGGAGUCUUAGUUUAAACCCACUCAUUGGAUGGCAGGAGGAAUGGAUAAUGAAUUUGAUAAAAAUAAGGUCAGACUUAGAUCCCGUAUUUGCAGUGGAUGCAAAACAAGAAAAUAAUGCAUGGAGGGAGGUAGAGAAAGGACUGAGAAGUGUCGGAUUACCCCUUGAUCACAGUUUACUUGACUUGCCGGAGAUUUGGACCCAUUUACUUAAAUCGUUCAGAUGGAAACAAAAAUUCCUAAAUAAAGGUAUACUAAACGAAGACUGGCCGUACUAUAACGCAAUAGCGAGCUAUAUACAAGCUCACGAGAAGAUAAAGGAGAAACAAGAAACCGAUUUCGACUACAGGGACGAUGACUUCGAGGAUGAUAUGAAAUUAAUUGACGUUAAGAAGUUAAUAAAACCGAAAUGUGAAUAUUUGGAUAUAAAUAUGUGUCGGUCGUGCUCUAAUGAGGAAGGUUGUGUGGAUCUAUUUGAACAGUGUGAUGAAGAUGGCGUGAACUUAGCUGCCAAGUUACGGCUCAUUGGUGGAAUUGAGGUGGAUCAAAGCGAUACCUUACCUCAUAGUAUAUGCCUGCAUUGUGUGCAAGAAUUGGAAACUGCGUACAAAUUUAGACGGAAAUGUCAGGACGUAGAUAAGGAAAUGCGAGGAAAAGUCGAAAAGACUGUUAAAAUCGAAAUAUCCUUAGAGAGCAAUAUUGAAAAUAACAAUGACGAUUACGACGACACACUCAACGAUAUAGAAUUCGACGUGCCAGUUAUAAACGAGAACGCACGCGACAAACUGAAGCCGGCGAACAAAGACAAAACGAUGAAAAUAAAGAAAAAGUAUCCAAAGUAUCAUUAUUGGAAGGUGUGUGAGGUGUGCGGUAAAAACACGCGCAACCUCGUCAGCCACCUCGACUCGCACGCUACGGAGAAGCUGUACUCUUGCGAGAUAUGCAACAAGAAGUUUAAGUUCAAAAGUGGGCUCAUUAUACACAAAGCUGUUCACGACCCGACGCCGAAGAAGACGUGCGAAGUAUGCGGAAAGACGUUCCAUAUUUUGGCGCAGUAUCGCCGCCAUUUCCAAUAUCACGCGAACGAGAGGAAGUUCGAGUGCGAAACGUGCGGGAAGAGGUUCAACACGGCUGACAUUUUGCGUGUUCACGCGCGAUCGCAUACGGACGAGCGGCCAUUUUCUUGUCCGGAUUGCGGGAAGUCGUUCCGUACUGCGGGUUGUGUAAGUCGGCACAGGCGAAUCGUGCACCACAUACGUAAACAUAAGAUUAAGGGCCAAGAAUGAAUGCAAUAUUACUUGUCGUUAUCUAGUGUGUAAGGAGUAAGGACAUUUGUUAUCGUGAAUUUUGUAUAAAAAUUUUAUCAUAUUA